AUGGAUAAUACUUUCGAUUCAAGUAAUUGGUUUGAAGGUGUGUGGACGGCCGGUAAGGAGCAUGAUGAUGAUAUUGGUAGACGUACAUUUCGACUGGUCUACCACACCCUUCUGCUUCUACUCGGUGUGCCUGGUAACUGCCUCAUCUUGCAUGUGUACUGGACUAAGACGCUCAAGACCAGCACCCAUGUGUUUAUCAUGGCAUUGGCCUUGGCUGACUUCUUCGUAUGUCUGCUCCGUAUAAGGGAACUCGCUAUACACAUCACCAUUCUUCUUGAUGGGGAGAUCCCGCGAAUUUAUACAUUCCUCCGAUCGCUCGAGACCACCGCCGUCGGUACCUCAGUCAUGAUCACCGCCGUAAUCGCAGCGGAUCGCUACGACUGCGUCUGCCGUCCGCACCGGCGUUUCUUCACCCAUCGGCGGGGUAAAAUAGCCGCAUGGGCUUCUUUUAUGUUCUCGGUGUGUGUCAACGUUCCGGCUUUUGUGGAUGUCUUUGUCUAUUUUCCCAGUAAUAUUUUAGAAAUGCUCGUCUUUGUGUUCCAAACAAUUUUUUUCGUGACUGCCCUUGUGAUCAUCGUCCUGUGUUACAGGAAGGUGUACAUCACCAUUCGUAAACAUGUGAAAGUUUCUCUUGUGUCAGUUGCAAGUGUUCAAAUGAAAAACACAGACAGACUGGAAAUUACCGUAGUUGAUAAUGCUAUAUCGGUAUUAACCGGUGGUCAGAACUCCCACUCCAACCCUACAGGAGCAGCUGCGAGAGGUGACGGUACUGGAACCACCGCAAACAGCAGAAAUCAUGUAGUCUCUUGCAAUCUCUCCUCUCCACCUGGAGAUUGCUUGCAGCAAGCGGCCCCAAUUGAGGAAGAUAUACGGGUAAACAGAGACCAGAUAAGAAAUCCAGUUCAAGUUCCAGACAAUGAUGUCAAGACACACCUACAACGGAAGACGACGAAGAUGCUGUUCGUUGCCAGCGUGGUGUUUGUGCUAGCCUGGUUGCCAUACUGUAUCUACGUGUUGGUGAAGCUGGCGUCUUUUUACGGAUGGUUGCACCCUAGCCCUCAGUUUCUGUUGGUAAUGCUGGAGUUGAGUUAUGUCUGUUACAUCAACAAUGCUGUCAAUCCUCUCAUUUACGGACUAGCGAACAGACGGUUCAGAAAAGACUGCGGGGAAGCUCUUGGGAAGAUGAGAGUAUGUUGA